UGUGGAAACAGCUGUUAUUCAGAAACAGAGACUAGAAGCUGAAAAAAAUGCCAGCUCCUAAUAGAAGAAGCAUUUCUGUUGAAUCUCAACCUAAAAGGAGAAGGGUGGAAACGAGGGCUGCAACUUUGCCACUGAAAAGAAAUCUCUCAGCCCCCGUGAAAUCACUCAGGCUUCAGAAAGGGGUUUCCCAUCAGAAAAAGUUUUCGGUAGCUUCAAGAGCAAAGAAAAAACCACCAGUAAGGGACAUAAAAAGUCCAGUGAAACCCACCCGCCAUUCCUCCAGACUGAAAAUGAUCCAGAAGGAGGCAUCCCAGAACAAAUCAAAUAUGUCUGCCCAAAACACUAUGGGGCAGAAAACCACAAAUGACUCCAGGGUCUGUCCAAGCAGUGUCCAGAAGCAGGGAAGGCCAUCAAAGUCCUCACAGCAUAAACGCGUGACACGGCUGACCCACAGACAGACAAGGAGUUCUUUGCUGGAGAAUGCUAAUGGCAAGAAUUCUCCUUCAAAGCACUCAAGAAUGAGCAUCUCCAAAGGGGAUGAGUGGAGCAGAAGAGUUUCACCUAGAUCAGUGCCAGAUAAUACCUCUAAAAAUCUUCGUAAAAGAAGGACUUCUUCUAAUAGGGCUAAGGAUCAGAAGAAAUUGAGACUGGACAGUGAGUCUCUAGUUGAUAGGGAUAGCCCUGCUACAUUGGAAAAACACACAGGUUUUGAUUCAAUCCAGAUAGAGCACAAUUAUGGUAAAUUAUUUGAUAUUCAAAGUAUGAGUACUGAAACUAGAGUGAAGAAAAUGGCUGUUUCAAAGAGCAACAGUUCUCUCAAGACAAAAAAACAUGUUUUCAGUAAGAUAUACAGUUCAGCAGUGCACGAUAAAGACAGUUCAGUGUCUGUUGUUGGCAACGUGAAAAAUGCUAAAACUUCCCCAGAAGAAGACACACGGCACGACUCCAAAGAAAGAUUGAAUGUGAGUUGUGAGGCUAGGCAGUGUGUGAAAAAUAGUUCACCACCACAUUUAGAGGCAGUUUUUAAAGUUAUUAAGGAGUCAAACCUCUGCAAACCGCCUUUGGCUGAAAAAGGUGAUUCAUGUGUAGCAGAGUUGGAGGGAGUAAAUAUAUGUUGCUCUCCUGACAUUUUUGAGCCUUUGCUGAAGGAGAAGAAUGACUAUAGUGAGGCAGAGGUUUCUCAGAGUACACCAGUCUCACAGAUCUGUGAAAAAGAAGAGAAAAUGGUCUACUGUUGUACUGAUGUAAAAAGAGGCACAGGUGAUUUAGUGGCUCCAAAUAAGUGUGUGUCGUCUUGUCCGGAGUCUGAGAAGAGCAGUGGUCUUGAAAGUGAAGUGUUUGAGGGAGAUCACAUUAUUGAUGCUGAUGGGUUCAUCCAGCUGGGAAUGGUGGAGCAUGUGGUGGAAGAAAUUUCAGCAUUGCCACAGGAGGUCACCGUUGUCACCAUUACAGCUGACACAACUAACUUCAUGAAAAUGGAGGCAAAGGAAGCACCUGAGGUCAGCAAGCCCCCUCCCAAGAAGCAGGAAAUGAACCCUCAAGCCAGGACCAAGGCCCGUCUAGCAGCAAUUGCUGAGCAGAAAGCAGCUGCUGCUAAGAAGGCAACUGUGAAGCAACUGAACUUUCUGGCUCUUUGUGAAGAGAUUGCUGAGGACAUUGCUUCAGACACAAUGGAGGUGAAAAAGGAGGAGGAUGGCAAUCUGGUUGUUGUAGAGCCCAGUGAGCAAGCACUACUGCCUGGACCUGAAAAAGAGCUGAACACCAUCCCAACUCCAGCUUUGCCUGAGGAAAUCAGUCCUUCAGUACCAGUUGUGGACACCCCAGUAGAGACCACAAAUCCAGCAGAGAAGCCAAAGAGACGCUUCUUCCUAAGCCAAAUCACUGUGCCUUUAAAAGCAAAUGAAAAGAAGAAGCUGUCCCGCUUUCAGAGGUUGCGCCAGACGGAACUACAGCGGGAGAAGCUCUCAUGGACUAGAGUUAAACAGCUGAAAACUGAACAGGCCAGUAAAAAAAAUACAGCAGAACAGGAUGCUGUACCUGAUAUCUGCCCCAAACACACCCCCUCAGGUACAUCUCCAGCUCCAACAAUAGCCUCUGCUAAGGAGGCAUCCACAAAGAUAGCAAAAACUGAAAACAAGAAGCUACUGCCCGCUGUGGCACCACCAAUGCCGAAUGGCAUCACUGUUCAAAAACCCCUGCCUGUGGUUGAGUACAAACCUUACAUGCCGCGACCCAAGUACUCGCCCGACGACUUUGAAUUGGAUGGAGUUGAUGAAGAGCCAAAAUGCUUGCCUGCAAAAUUGCCUGUUCAAAAGGACUGCAAAGGAAUGGUUUAUACUCCUCCUGGUAAAUCUGUUGUUGCAUCUGAUAAACAGAAGUGUAACCAGAUCAUUGGUGGUUCAGAAGUAAAUCCUCAAGACUCCACUAGCAAAAUUCUGUCUGGGAAUCCCUCUGUCCAAAAGAGCAUGGCAGCUUCCAGUUCACCGACCUCUGGCUGCAGUAAUAACACCUCGCUCACUGACAGCCACCUACACAAGGACAUGAAGGGUCUAAAGGAAAUAGAUGCAGGGGGAAAGCAAGCUUUACCUGAUGCGGGACAGAAACACUUUGGCACGUUGACUUGCAGUGUGUGCGGAAUGCUGUAUUCCAGUUCAAACCCUGAAGAUGAGUCUCAGCACCUCCUGUUCCACAAUCAGUUUAUCAGCGCAGUCCGUUAUGUGGGGUGGAAGAAGGAAAGGAUUUUAGCAGAGUAUCCUGAUGGCAAGAUCAUCCUGGUCCUUCCAGAUGACCCGAAAUAUGCGCUGAAAAAGGUAGAGGAGAUCCGGGAGAUGGUGGACAAUGACUUGGGUUUUCAGCAGGUGAAAACAAAGAGUCCAUCUCAGACCAAGACCUUCCUUUUCAUCUCUAAUGACAAGAAAGUUGUUGGGUGUCUCAUUGCAGAGCAUAUCCAGGAGGGUUUUCGUGUGAUAGAAGAAGCAACACCUGAAGUUUCUGAGGGAGAAAAAGUGAUGUUUGAGCGCCAGAGGGCCUGGUGCUGCUCUACAACCCCUGAGCCUGCCCUUUGUGGCAUUAGUCGCAUUUGGGUCUUCAGUAUGAUGAGGAGGAAGGGCAUUGCCUCUCGCAUGAUCGAAUGUCUCAGGAACAACUUCAUCUAUGGCUCACACCUGAGUAAAGAAGAGAUUGCAUUUUCAGACCCUACGCCUGACGGCAAGCUCUUUGCCACACACUACUGUGGCACUUCACGGUUCCUGGUCUACAACUUUGUCAGUGGGACAAAAUCGAUUCAAGCAGCCCCAGAUGUGCUUUGACAGGGAGCAGAUGAUAGUUUCUCUUGCUCUUAAGAACACCACGUGACAUUUUGAUUCAGCCAGUCUGACAGCACAGUAACACUUUGAUUUCUCGUCACAAGCUGAGAAAAUUGCUUACCUGCUUCUCAAAUUGAACAGCACUGAGCUUUUCUGCAAGCAAACUCCUCACUCCAGGGGAAACCUUCAGAAACACUUCUACUGGUUUUAAACUCAGGUGGUAUCAGGCACGUUGUAUUAAAAAAUCCCUUUAACCCCAUAGCUCUAAGUAUUUUGAGACAAAGCAUAUUUUGUUAUUGCUUUUUUUUAAACAGAAAAUAAUAAAAAUAUUUUAUUGGAUGUAUUUAAAAGUUUACAUGCAUGAUCCUUUUAAUGGCAGAAGGAAGAAAGUAUAACUCCCCAGAAGCUUUAACCGUGUUUAUUUGUAUUUAGACUUUUAUAGGUCCUUUCUCUCUAUGCACUUUUGCCCAACUGCUUCAGUCAUGUUCCCCCCCCCAAGAUUUUUGUAGUUUGUGUUCAUUGUUCUUUAAGGGAGAAAUCUGCAGUCAGUAUGGCUUUUGGCUUUGAAUAUCACUUUCAGUGGGAAAUUUCGUUUCAUUUAUUUUUCAAAAAUUGGUGACAGUAGACUCAUAGUAGCAGGUAGGCUAAGCAAGAUCUUAGAGAUCCACUUUCCGAUUGUCCCGGGUUUCUAUCCAUUUAGGGAGUUUUUU